AUGGAUGAGGCUGUGGUGCUUGGAAAGAAGGGCUAUAGCCUGAGCAACACCCUAGGAGAAGGCACUUACAGCAAAGUGAAAUCUGCCUACAGCGACCGGCUGAAAUGCAAUGUGGCCAUCAAGGUAAUCAACAAGAGCAAAACUUCUCAGAAGUUCCGGGAAAGAUUUCUCCCCAGGGAAGUAGAGGCUUUGAGAUGUCUGCACCACCCCUCAAUUAUCAAAACCUAUGAGAUUUUUGAGACAUCAUCUGCCAAAGUGUACAUCGUGAUGGAGCUGGCAGAAAAGGGAGACCUCCUGCACUACCUCAAGCUCAUGGGAGCUAUGAAGGAGGACAUGGCUUGCACCAGGUUUCAGCAGCUGGCCUCUGCCAUAGAGCACUGCCACAACUCUGACUUUGCUCACAGGGACCUGAAAUGCGAGAACAUCCUUCUUGACGCAGACCUCAAUGUCAAGCUGUCAGACUUUGGCUUUUCCAAAUCCUUGUCUUGGGAUAAAAAUGGAACACUUAUUCUCAGUGAAACCUUCUGUGGAACUGCUGCGUAUGCAGCCCCAGAAGUGCUACAGUGCAUUCCCUAUGACCCCAGGAUUUCAGACAUAUGGAGCCUUGGUGUCAUCCUUUAUAUAAUGCUCCAUGCUGCAAUGCCAUUCAAUCAUCCCAAUGUCAAGAAACUGGUCCGUAUUCAGAAAAGACACAAGGUUCCUUUCCCUGACUCAAAACACCUGACUGGAGAGUGCAAGGAUCUCAUCUGCCGAUUGCUGCAGCCCAAUGCGUCUCAGAGGUUGCGCAUAGAUGAAGUUUUGAAACACUCAUGGUUGCAGACUCCAAAAGCCACAGUCCCUUCCCUUCUGCCAGCUGCAGAAGAGGGCGAGUGUUCCCAAAACCUGUGUGAAGGAAAGCUUGAGCACAACCAGCAAGGCAAAUCCUAUUCUGUAGAAAGGGAAGGAGAGCAGAAGGAAAUGGAUCCUCUUACAUAUGGCUGGUUUUAA